UGCACUGCGGUAAUAUGGCUCUUCCUUAGCCAGCGGCCGCGGCGGCCGGAGGUGGGAUAGAGCAAUCCUGCCUCUCGAGUGGCGGGUUUCUGGGCUGCAGGGGCUCGGCGGGUCGUGGCUACGCUGUGGUGGCGGAUGCCUGAAGAGCGCGGGCCCCGCCGCCCGGCGGCCCCUGGGUCAGGAUGAGCGCCUCAGCGUCGGUCGGGGGCCCGGUGCCCCAGCCGCCCCCGGGCCCGGCCGCCGCGUUGCCACCCGGUUCUGCCGCGCGGGCCCUGCAUGUGGAGCUGCCCUCUCAGCAGCGGCGUCUUAGACACCUUCGGAACAUUGCUGCUCGGAAUAUUGUUAAUAGAAAUGGCCAUCAGCUCCUCGACACCUACUUCACACUUCACUUGUGUAGUACUGAAAAGAUAUACAAAGAAUUUUAUAGAAGUGAAGUGAUUAAGAAUUCCUUGAAUCCAACAUGGCGGAGUCUCGAUUUUGGAAUAAUGCCAGACCGUCUUGAUACAUCUGUGUCUUGUUUCGUGGUGAAGAUAUGGGGUGGAAAGGAGGACAUCUACCAGCUUUUGAUUGAAUGGAAAGUCUGUUUGGAUGGGCUGAAAUACUUGGGUCAGCAGAUUCAUGCCCGCAACCAAAAUGAGAUAAUUUUUGGGCUGAACGAUGGCUACUAUGGUGCUCCAUUCGAACAUAAGGGUUAUUCAAAUGCUCAGAAGAAUAUUCUUCUUCAGGUGGAUCAGAACUGUGUUCGCAAUUCUUAUGAUGUCUUUUCUUUGCUGCGGCUUCAUAGAGCCCAGUGUGCAAUUAAACAGACUCAGGUAACUGUUCAGAAAAUUGGAAAGGAAAUUGAAGAAAAGCUAAGACUCACAUCUACAAGCAAUGAGUUGAGAAAACAAAGUGAGUGCUUGCAAUUAAAAAUUUUGGUGCUUCGAAAUGAACUGGAAAGACAGAAGAAAGCUUUGGGACGGGAGGUGGCAUUACUGCAUAAGCAACAAAUUGCAUUACAGGACAAAGGAAGUGCAUUUUCAACUGAGCACCUCAAGCUUCAACUCCAGAAGGAAUCCCUGAAUGAACUGAGGAAGGAGUGUACUGCGAAAAGAGAACUCUUUCUGAAGACUAAUGCUCAGUUGACAAUUCGUUGCAGGCAAUUACUGUCUGAGCUUUCCUACAUUUACCCUAUUGAUUUGAAUGAGCAUAAGGAUUACUUUGUAUGUGGUGUCAAGUUGCCCAAUUCUGAGGACUUCCAAGCAAAAGAUGAUGGAAGCAUUGCUGUUGCCCUUGGUUACACUGCACAUUUGGUCUCCAUGAUUUCCUUUUUCCUUCAAGUGCCCCUAAGAUACCCUAUAAUUCAUAAGGGAUCUAGAUCAACAAUCAAAGAUAAUAUCAAUGACAAACUGACUGAAAAGGAAAGAGAGUUUCCAUUAUAUCCAAAAGGAGGGGAGAAGUUACAAUUUGAUUAUGGUGUCUAUCUUCUGAACAAAAAUAUAGCACAGCUAAGAUACCAACAUGGACUAGGGACCCCAGACUUGAGGCAAACCCUCCCUAACCUGAAAAACUUCAUGGAGCACGGACUAAUGGUCAGGUGCGACAGACAUCACACCUCCAGCGCAAUCCCUGUUCCAAAGAGACAAAGCUCCAUGUUUGGAGGCGCAGAAGUAGGCUUCUCAGGGGGGAUCCCUUCCCCAGACAAAGGACACCGGAAACGGGCCAGCUCAGAGAACGAGAGACUCCAGUACAAAACCCCUCCUCCCAGUUACAACUCCGCGCUAGCCCAGCCCGUUACCACCAUCCCUUCCGUAGGGGAAUCCGAGAGGAAGGUGACGUCUCUGUCCUCCUCCCUGGACACCUCCUUGGACUUCUCCAAAGGAAACAAGAAAAAAGGAGCCGAUGUGGGUGACAGAUUAAACGGAGGUCAUGUGAGCGUGAACACUAGCCAAGAACAGGAAGAAGCCCGCUCUGGGCUCCCCGCCACUGUCAACGGCACUCUCCUGCCUGGCGAGCAGGCCGGCCCCUCCGGUGUCCGGCUUCCGGGGCCCUUCCUCCCGGGCCCGGGGGCCGAGCUGUGCUGUGCUGUGGAGCAGGCGGAAGAGAUCAUCGGGACGGAGGCCACGGGUUUCACCCCGGGCGGUCAGCUGGAAGCCUUUCACUGCGUCCCGGUGGACAGCGCCGUGGCCGUGGAGUGCGACGAACAAGUUCUGGGGGAGUUUGAAGAGUUCUCCCGCAGGAUCUGUGCGCUGAGCGAAAACGUGUCCAGCUUCCGCCGGCCACGCAGGAGUUCUGAUAAGUGAGGCGAGCAGGCAGCCUGUAGCGCCGGGACGCAGUCGCUGCCUGAAAUGAGGAUAAGGCUGCACUGGCCACCCCCUUGUAAUAAUUAUGGCACGAAAUGAAUAUUAAUGGAGGACGCUCCUUGGAAAAACCGACUUUGUAAAUCGUGGAGGGACUCAGGAUUGUUGUGUGUCGGUGGGCCAGGCGGAGUUCGGCUUUGCUUGCAAGGCUCACUUUUCAGGCCCGACAGUUGUUUUAAGGCAAAAUUCACUCUCCAGCUCAAGUCACCUUAUGGAUAUCUGUCUGCUUUUUAAUUUACACUUCUGUGUUAUCCUCAGAGGGAAGAUGAUAAUAUAUAAAUAAUAUAAUAAACUCACCUUUAGUUUCUCAUAAGCAUUUGCCCUCAGCCCAGUUUAUAAAACUCUGGAAAACCGAAUAUGCAAAACAAAGGUUUUCACCGUUUAACUGAAAGACCUUUGGCCAUCCGUUAGUUUGAUGACUAAGAAGCACAAUGGUCUCCUUAUACCCUGGCCCUGGCUGCCCCUGCCCCCGCACCCCCAUUGACCUCUCUGCUGCCCCAUCUUCACAGCAGGUGGGUUGUGCACCCCGAAAACCGAGAACAGCAGAGUCUCUGGUUCUUGAUUGCAGAGACCUUCCACCUCCUCAGAUCAGGCACGCCCUUGACGUAACCCUCCAACGAAAGGAAAAACUUCACCUCUGGCAGACCCCAGGAGACUCUCAAGGGCUCCCAAGGUCGCAAUAGUCAGAUGCCAUUCGGCGUCCUUUGGGGACCAGAGUUUUUAUGUGGGCAGAUGCUGCAAAACCAGGCAUGCUUUCUGGCAGUGCACUCACCAGACACGAAUCCCUGUAUGUAAAUCCCACGUUAAUUUAUUAAAUUUCCGUUGGAAAGGAAGGCACUGUGUAUGAUGAAAUAUCUGUAGAAAGUCAGGCCGUCCAAGGUGCGGACUGCGAGGCUGUUGAGAUAGUUGAAUGAAGCGGCUUAGAUGAGACAUAGAAUACUGUCGGUGUAUGUGCAGUUGCAUUCAUAUUAAAUUAUGUUCUUCAAGUCCAGUUUCAUCCCUGGAGCUCAGAUUUCAUUUGCUUUUGCUAUAUACUUUAUAUACCCAAGGACAUUGCCUCAGGGUUGCAAGCUCUUUAAGGAAAAUUUAUGCAUAUAUCCAUGUAUUGUAUAGAAGAAUAAAAACUGAGUUUACUUCA